UCAACGCAGCCGAUGGCACGGAUACUGGGGAUUGGAAUCGGCAAGCGAGGCUGAGGGGAGGUUGUUGCGACCAUGCUUGUGUGGGUUUUCUGGACGACGUACCGCGAAAAGAGCGCGAUGCCCCUCAUGGCUACUCUCAACCGGCAUCGUCGUUCGGUCCGAGCGGCAUCGCAUCUAUAUACCCUCAGUGAUUGCUUUGGCUUUCCAAUCAUCCUUCGUACUUGUCGUCCGAAGCCAUCCAGGCUUGCGCCGUUGAGUAAGACGCCCAGUUGGCGGCGCGGACGGUAGUCAUCUAUCACUACAAUCAUAUGCGAUCUCGACGCAAAAUGCCAUAUUUUGAAAACAGGUCGGGAUCCUCGGCAGGUCAAAGCUGGCGUGAGGAUUCUGAAUACAUGACAGGUCACAAGUCUGGGUGGUGGUGGACAUACUGUAGAGAUCGCCUCCGGGAGGAUCGUAAAUACGCUCUCGACUGCGAUAUGCAUGCGUCAGCUUCCGCAAAGUAGUAUAUUCUCCCUUCUUGCCUCGUGUACCGCAAUCAGAAUUCGACAGACUCUGACCUUCCUCAGAAUACCUUCUAUGUAAGAUACGCGCUGAUGGAUGGGCCAUCCCGCGUGGAGUGUUCGGUAACGGUGGAGCGCGCUACUACGCUAA